GGUCCUAUAUAAACGCUGAGCUUUCCCUUACAUAGUAGUUCAGAGCGCUGGUGUCGUAGAUCUAUAACUGUGAUACGUAUUUUGACGCCGAUGAUGUUUAAGCUUUUGGGUAUCGCGGCGUGUCUCGUUGUUGCUCAGGCGGCGCAUUUGAAAUGGAGUGACUGUGGCACGGGAAGAACGGCGCUCACGGUUCACGACAUCGACAUCAGGCCGAACCCGGUGGUGUUUCCGGGUGAAAUGCAUUUUGACAUUAAUAUGACAGUGAAUCUGAAAAUUGACCUGCUCUUCGUCGACAUUGAGCUCCAUAAGAUCACGUCCUUCGGUGAGGCCACGAUUCCCUGCAUCGGGGACACAAACAUCGGAACAUGCAAAAACAUCGACGCCUGCAAUAUCUUGCCAAGAAUCCGCAACGGUUCCUCAGUGGUGUCAACUGACUUGGGGCUGCAGAUCGACAAGCUUCUCCUUACUGCGCUCGGUCACCAAGGCACCUGCCCAAUCCAACCGGAAACCAUUAUCCUGCACAACGAGCGCAUCCAACUGCAGCCGAUACCAGGCGCUCUUGCGGCCAUUGCCAGCGGAGACUACAGGAUAACGAUGAAGAUCAAGGACGACCCCACUUCAGACGACAAUAUUGGAUGUAUGACCCUAGAGGCGGGAGUCAGGCGGAAGGAUGAACCAAUUGUGGGACGCUAGGAAGGCGAGAAUGCAUUAAAGUGAAAAACACUUUCCUGAGCCAUAUUAGAGCGAUUGAAUAUAUAUUUUAUUUCAUAAUUUAUUUAAAAUAAAUCCUGGUGUUUUCUGGUUUUUGUAUAAAAUAUAAUAUUUGUUUUGCACUAUGUCAAUUGUAUUUAUAUAAUCACAAAAUAAAGAUAAACAUAUA